AUGAGUGUUGAGGAGUCAAUAACUCAAUAUGAAACGGCAAUUAAUAAGAAAAAGGCUUUAAUAGAAGAGUAUAAGAAGACCCUUUCUGGUGAAGAACAAUGCGUUUUCUCAAAAGAAUACAUUAUUAAAAGAACUGAAGAAUUAAACGAAAUAAUGCAAGCUUUUGAUCAUGUAUUACAAAAAUUCAGACGAGUCAAAGAUGUUCCAAAGCCAGAACUCAUGGCUGCACAAAUUUCGAAAUACCAAAAAGGAAUUAAAACUGUAGAAGACUCUAUAAGAGACUACCAAAAAGCUAUAGAUUCGGCUAAUAAAACAAUUGCAAAGAAUCAAAGUCUUAAAAUUGAUGCUGAUCAAUUCAAAAAUAAUAUCGCUUUAAAAGUUGUAGAUCUUCAUAAAACAGCCAAAGCCGACAAAAGUAUUACAAACAAACAUUAA